AUGGGCAAUUAUUGCAGCGAGAUUUGUAAUGAACCUGAAAUCUAAGUCUUGAGAUUGUCAGAUCUGGAAUGCACUCCUCAGUCUGUGCGUUCUAGAAAGAGCCAACACCAGAGAGGCUACUUCACUGAGAGCAAAGAACCAGUUCUUCAUUUGAAUAAUAACACUGAGAAGUAGAGACGGCCUCCCUAUCGUUACACCACAGGAGGAGUGUAUGAGGGAGAAUGGGUUGGAAACAAGAGAGAGGGAAUUGGAAUUAUGACUUGGCCAGGUAAUUCGAUAUAAUUGACGUAUUUGCAAGAUGGAGCCAAGUAUGAGGGCGAGUGGAAAGAUAACAGAGCGAAUGGUAACGGUAAAUUCUGGCAUUUAGAUGGCGACACUUGUAGGUUUAUUUUAUUUUUAUUAGACGAAGGAGAAUGGAAGGAUGAUUAGACACAUGGCUACGGAAUAUAUGUGCAUGUUAAUGGAGCCAAGUAUGAAGGCUAUUGGAAGAAUGAUGUACAAGAUGGAUAUGGAAUUGAAAUUUGGGCAGAUGGAAGUAAAUAUGAAGGGUUUUACUUCAUGGGCAAAAAGGAUGGUUAAGGCAAAUACUAUUGGCCAGAUGGAAGUUCUUACUAAGGAGCUUGGUCAGAAAACAACAUCAAUGGUCAUGGUACAUAUUAAUGGCAAGAUGGUCGAUAGGUAAUUGUGUGUCAUAAUGUGGCAGUAUGUUGGUGAUUGGUUAGAUAAUUGUAUGCAUGGCAAAGGAUGUUAUAGAUGGAAGGAUGGGAGAUCGUAUUUAGGGGAAUUCGUACAGGAUAAACGACAUGGAUUUGGAGUUUAUGAAUGGGAAGAUGGAAGGAAAUAUGAAGGAUUCUGGGAUAAUGGAAAAUAACAUGGGGAAGGCAACUAUUAUGAAUCAAACGGCAAGAUGAGGAGAGGGUUAUGGGAAGAUGGCAAAAGGAUUAAAUGGUUAGAUGAGUGA